GUGUGUCAAUAGUCGUGUGUCUUUUAACACAUAGAGUCACAAAUCUGGUUAACCUUGUCAGUGUGAGCAGGGAAGCACUGUGAAUAAGCAGUGCAGCUUGGUCGAAGAAAAUUAAAUGUCCUGGACUGACGAGGACCGAAACUGUUUCGUGUUGUGGUGAAGUAAGGACAGGUGCGAGGAUGAGACCAAAACUGUCAUGCCAUGAUGACAUAUCCCAUCUCUACUUCACUUGCAGCAACCAGAAAUGGUGGUUCUUCACAGUCAGGCCAGUGGCCAAUGCCCCAUGUGCUUUUACUAUUUUGAUGGCUGCCAUCACUUUAAUACUUUACUUCACCUUUGGGACUCAGCAAUGUGAGACAAGAGUGUUUAUGAAAGGAAAACAUCCAGUUCCAGUACCAUACAAGGUGGCUUAUCCGUAUAAAUACAACUUCAUCCUGGACCAGUCAGAAAAGUGCCAAAACAACCCUUUUUUGGUGAUCAUAAUUCCAGCAGCCCCUAACGACGUGAUGGAACGGAACGCCAUCAGGAAUUCAUGGGGAAACGAGAAGCUGCUCCAAGAGAAACAUGUUGUGAUUCUGUUCCUACUGGGCUUACCAAGUGGGGAAAAUGCAAAAAUGCAGCAGGCCCGGAUAUACCAGGAGGACCUGAGGCACCACGAUCUGCUUCAGGGAGACUUCAUAGACUCCUCAAAGAACAUGACUAUUAAAACCAUGGUGAUGCUAGAAUGGCUGAGAGAUCGCUGUCCCCAGGCAUAUUAUGCUGCCAAAGUGGACACUGACAUUCUGCUUAACAUCCGAGGACUGAUAGAUAUGUUGCUUAGCCCCAGUAUCCCUCAGAAGAACUACCUCACUGGCCAGGUGAUGCUCGGCAAUUCUAUAAUAAGAAACCCAUCAAGCAUGUUUUACAUCCCCCCUGAGGUGUAUUCCAAGUCAGAACUUCCACCAUACCCUUUGGGAAAGUGCUACAUAAUGUCUAUGGACAUGCCAGCAAAGAUUCUAAAGGCAUCAAGGGUAAUUCAGCCAGUUUUAAAAGAUGAUAUAUAUAUUGGCUUAUGCCUUGAACAGCUCCGUAUUACUCCCAAGGACCCUCCAGACCCUGCACGGUUUAUGUUCAUCCCACCUAAGCUGUACAACCGGUGCUACUACUCCAAUCUCAUUGCUGUGAUUAUAUACACACCUCCUCAACUUGUCUCCUUAUGGACAGAUAUUCACAAACCGGGCCCAGCCUGUUCAUCCCUUAGUGGUUAAAUGAAUUUAAAACAUGCUUAACAGGUUGAAAGACAAAAAUAAGACAUAUUGCAAAGAAAAGGAAAAAAAAACCCCCACAAACUUAGUGGCAUAGUAACUACAGACAUUCCAAUGCCAGUGUUGCUUACUGAGAGUACGAUUUACUUUAGUGUUUGUACAGUUCAUUGGUCCACCUCAUGUUCUGAAAUGUUAUAUAUCUCUACUCUCAGUCUCCUCUUAUGCCAAUAAUACAGUUAGACAGGUCAGGCCAGAAAAAAAAAAACAACAAUUAGCCCAAAACACGCAAUGAAGAGAAUAAAGUACAGCAAUUCAAUGUUUUUUCUUUAUUUUUAUUCAUUAAAAGUCACUUCAUGUCUUAAAAUAAUGAUGACCGGACUUUUCCCUUUACUUAGUUGAGCGGUUCUUGACAUAAUAUGCAUUGCUACAGUUGUGGAAUAGAGCUAUUUAAUAGGGUAUUUUUUAUUAAUUUACUAUUUACUAUUUACUGUUUGAUCUCAAACGCAUUAAGGCGGCAAGAAACUGGUCCACUAAUUACCUUUUGCUGAGACACACCUGUUAAUUGAAAAGCAUUCCAGGUGACUACCUCAUGAAGCUGGUUAAGGUAAUGCCAAUAUUGUGCAAAGUGUCAUCAAGGUCAAUGCCGGCUACUUUGAAGAAUCUAAACUAUGAAACAUUUUGUUUAACUUGUUUUAUUUACCACAUAAUUCCAUAUAUGAUCCAUAUGUUAUUUCAUAGUUUUGAUGUCUUCAGUAUUGUUCUACAAUGUAGAAAAUAGUCCAAAUACAGAAAAACCUAUGAAUGUAUAAAAGUGUACAAACUUUUGACUGGUACUGUACAUUCUGAUGAUGUUAACCAUAUUAUCAUUAGAUACCCAUUUACUUUUGUGUCUUUUCUACCACUGAUGGUGUGUGUUUAUGCUUUGCAAUUCUGUUGGAUAUAGCAAAAUAUAUAUGCCUAGUUGAAAUCUUUGGCCUGGGGGUUGGAUGGUAAAUAGAUCAUGGUAUUCCAUGAAUAGGGAAUGUCAAAAAGUCAUACUGCUACCAUUCUUUUACAUCCAUGGAGAUCUCAUCUCAUCUCAUUAUCUCUAGCCACUUUAUCCUUCUACAGGGUCGCAGACAAGCUGGAGCCUAUCCCAGCUGACUACAGGCGAAAGGCGGGGUACACCCUGGACAAGUCGCCAGGUCAUCACAGGGCUGACACAUAGACACAGACAACCAUUCACACCUAUGGUCAAUUUAGAGUCACCAGUUAACCUAACCUGCAUGUCUUUGGACUGUGGGGGAAACCGGAGCACCCGGAGGAAACCCACGCGGACAACAUGCAAACUCCACACAGAAAGGCCCUUGCCGGCCACGGGGCUCGAACCCGGACCUUCUUGCUGUGAGGUGACAGCGCUAACCACUACACCACCGUGCCGCCCCAUCCAUGGAGAUGAUGAUUAAAAAAAAAUCACUGUAUAGAUAUAUGGACCAUGAGUUGGCUGGGUAGUUAGUGUGUAUGUCUCUUGAUUUGGUCAUACCAAAGACCAUCAUAAAAAUGGUACCUACUACCAUCUGGCAAGGCAUGCUGCAAUAAAGUUGCGAGUAGGGAGCCAAACUCUCGCUGUUACCAGAGUACCAGCCCCCCACUGUAACCCUAGUAAUGUAAUAGGCGAGAGGCUGAGGGCUAUAGAAACGGAGAUUGGCGCCACUUGAUGUGCCUAAGAGCCUGGUUAGUACUUGGAUGGGAUAUUGCCUGGGAAGACCAGGUGCUGGCACAUGAACAUUUGAUAGACAUACAGUUUUCAACAUCAACCUUUUAAAUUUAUUUCGCUUACAAACAGGAUCACUUUUUUAUCCAUAUAAAAGGUAUGAUGAGGGUCACUGGCUCCUAGGGUAAUCUGAUGCUACCAGUACAAGUAUCCCUGAACCCAUCAAAGCUAAUUUUUCUGCCUGAAGUCAAUCAACUGACACAACCCCACUAACAUGACAGUGACUGUCCCGACACAACUGUACUUGGCCAAGCUCACUGGAUUGGUGCAACUGCCUGAACAACUGAAUUCAAUGGAGCAACCACUUGUGUCCAAGCACUCUCAAUUUGUGCCCUGGUUAAUUGUUUUUACCCAGCCAACUGGCCAAACUGACUCGACCAAGACAACCGACCCUGGCCAAACUGACUCAACCAACACAACUAUCUCUAUAUGAAAUGUUUGUAGGAUACUGGAAUGACAAAAUGUCUCAGUUAAAACAAGCUGACAAAAUUUUAAGAAAAUUAAGUAGUAAAAUGAAUCAAACUGUAAAUAACUGUCUUUAUAUAUAACAUAGAAGUAAAUGAAUGGUGCUAGCCCAUUUGGUUUAUACAUGAAGCUCCUUUGUGUAUGCUGGAGAUGGCUGACGUUUUUUUCGAAUAUAGGUAGCACAGGUGUCUCUUACUGAAGUGUACAUCUGUGUAUAUUCCCUUUCAUCUGUUGGUCUGACUUCCUGUUUUAUUCUCUCACCAUAAACAAGAGCAUUAAAAGACUUCUCCAAUAUCAGGUUAGCAAAAAUUAGUAGUGUCUGCUAAUGUCAUGCAAAAAGCAGCUUAGCCGCUAACGAGCGGCCUCAAUUUCACUGAAGAAGGUAGUGACAACUAAAUAAAAACAAACAAAUGCACACAAAUAAUGAAACUUUUCUGCUUACAAUUUAUUUACAAUAUUUACCAAUUACUAGUGCAUCCCAAACAAUGCGAAUAUUGUGAAAAAGUUCUUUUUUUGGUAAUUUAAUUCAAGCCUUUUUUUUGUUUUAGUUUUGAUGAUUAUGGCUUAUAGCUGAUGAAAAUCAGAAAUCCAGUAUCUCAAAUUAAUAGAAUAUUUCCUCAGAUCGAUCAAAAAAGGAUUUACAAUACAGAAAUGAACAAAUUCUGUAAAGUAUGUUCAUUUAUACACUCAGUACUUGGUUGGGGCUCCUUUACCACAAAUUACUACAUCAAUACAGCGUGGCAUGGAGGCGAUCAACCUGUGGCACUGCUGAGGUGUUAUUGAAGCCCAGGUUGCUUUGAUAGCGGUCUUCAGCUCGUCUGUACUUUUGGGUCAGGGGUUUCUCAUCUUCCUCUUGACAAUACCCCAUAGAUUCUCUCUGAGGUUCAGGUCAGGCGAGUUGGCUGGCUAAUCAAGCACAGUAAUAUCAUGGUUGACGAACCAUUUGGUAGUAGUUUUGGCACUGUGGGCAGGUGUCAAGUCCUGCUGGAAAAGGAAAUCAACAUCUCCAUAAAGCUUGUCAGCAGAUGGAAGCAUGAAGUGCUCUAAAAUCUCCUGGUAGACACUGUGUUGACUGUGGACUUGAUAAAACACAGUGGACCAACACCAGCAGAUGACAUGGCACCCCAAAUCAUCACAGACUGCAGAAACUUCACACUGGGCUUCAAACACCUUGAAUUCUGUGUCUCUCCACUCUUCCUCCAGACUCUAGGACCUUGAUUUCCAAAUGAAAUGCAAAAUUUAUUUUCAUCUGAAAAGAGGACUUUGGACCACUGAGCAACAGUCCAUUUCUUUCUCUCCUUAGCCCAGGUAAGAUGCUUCUGACUUCUCCAGUUCAGGAGUGGCUUGAUAUUAGGGAUGUGACAGUUGUAGCCCCUUUCCUGAAGAUGUCUGUGCGUGGUGGCUCUUGAUGCACUGACACCAGCCUCAGUCCACUCAUUGUGAAGCUUUCUCAAGUUCUUGAAGGGACUUUUCUUGACAAUCCUCUCAAGGUUGUGGUCAUUCCUGUUGCUUGUGCACCUUUUCCAGCCAGCCUUUUCAGCAAUGACCUUCUGUCCUUGUGGUUGCAUAUACUCAACUAGACUGCGAGAUACAUGGCAUUUAUACUGUUUUACUCAAACUCAAAAUUAAAUAUUCUAAUAUUUUGAGGUUUUUUAAAUUUAAUUUUGCUGUUGGCCACAAUUAUCAAAAUUAAAAUAGAUAAAAUGCUUGAAACGUUUUAAUUUACAAGUAAUGAGUCUGGAAUAUGUUAAAUUUUCACUUUGUUAAAUCACUGAUGGAAAAUAUUGAACCCUUUCACCAUAUUUUAAUUGUUUGAGAUGCACUAGUACAAUGAUAAAAUAAAAAGCUAUACUCAUUGUGUAAAAUGAUUAUAGAUUGGGUUACUGACCAACUGUACACUGUCAGAAAUAGGGGUACAGUAGGAAUCCAUUUUUGUCCCCCCCAGGUACAAUCUACACUAAUGUACUCCUUAUGGAUCAUUAUUAGACCUCAAGGUAACUAUAUGUACCAUUUCAGGGCCAAAAAGGUACUUAUAUGUUCCCAAGCAGUACAUAAAAGGGUACAAAAUAAGUACCUUAGAGGGUACUGCCCCAGCGACAAGCCAGUGUACCCCUAAAGGUACAAUAAUGUAUUUUAUUUUCUGAGAGUGUACUCUGUAUGACUGGUGCUGAUCCUGGGAUAGAUUCUUGAUUCCCCAUAACCCUGACAAGAAUAAAACAUUUACUAUAGAUGAAUGAAUAA